AUGGCCAAUGUUGACGCCGACGAUUCUUACGACGAAGAGCGCCUCGACUGGGGGAAAUCUGUGGGAGGAUCUACCUCUCGCUGGUCGGCCUGGCCGAGAAAGGUUUUGCGACUGCCCAGACCGAGAAAGUACGCCGCUCUACUGCUUCUCACCGACGUUAUCAUCGUCAGCCUCGUCGUCCUCCUCUUCGAACCCCUCAUCACUCUCCUCCUCCGCAAUGAGGAGUUGUUUGGCGCCCGCCUCACCUUCCCCCUCGAUACUGCGCCCUCGGCUUCGCCCAAGCCGACCCAGCAACCCCAGACGAUACCUCGCAUCUUCCACCAGACCAUCGCUACCGAUGUGAUCCCUGAGAAAUGGAUUCACUCGCAGCAGACCUGCAAGGAGGCUUAUAAGGAUUUCGAGUACAAGCUCUGGACCGACGAGAUUGCUCGCAACUUCAUCGAGGCCGAAUACUCAUGGUUCCUAGACACCUGGGACGAGUAUACAUUCCCCAUCCAGCGCGCCGAUGCCAUUCGUUACUUUGUCCUCUACCACUAUGGAGGCAUUUACCUCGACAUGGACACCAACUGCAACCACACGAUUCCUUUCGAGCAGCUCGAAGCUGAUGGCGAGACGCACCACGCUGUGUUCAAGUCGACAACUCCCACUGGUGUCUCCAACGACCUGAUGAUCUCGUCCGCUGGUCACCCUGUUUUGUUGGCCACCAUCUCCAAACUCCUCUACUACAACGAUAUCACCCGCCCCUGGGCCAAGCUGUUGCCACAUGCCGCCAUCAUGAUUGGCUCCGGACCCUUCUUCUUGAGUAUGAUCAUCAAGAACUGGCUGCUCGACCAACCAUCGCUGCCCACGCCAGCAAUUCAAGUCAUCAACGCAACCGAACUGGAGCCGUACAUCACCGAUCUGGAGGGCUGCUCUUGGCACCAUGGAGACACCAAGACCCUGAUGUGGGUUGGAGAUCGUCCAUGGAUCUGGUUCAGCUUGGGUGCCAUCGGGCUGGUCCUGGGGCUCAACGUGAUCAACUACCUUUUGCUACAGACCACCAAGGGCGUCACCAAGCUCGUGUCUGUCACCGAUGAGAUGAAGAACACCAAGUUGACAUAA